AUGACCAUGUUGACCCGGUCUAAUAACCAUGCUGGAUGGGAUGAUAAUCUGGCGGCGAUAACGGCGGCGAUCAACAGCGCUAAGCAUCAAGUGACAGGAGUCAGUCCGCAUUUCGCCAACUUCGGGAGAGAUCUACUGCUACACACAGACUUAUACGCUCAAGAAGACCUCAACACACCGGAAGAUCCAAAGGUGGCACAGGACAUGCGGUUAUCGACAGUGAAGAGGAUCCAAGAGUUCGUGCUGCAACGAAUAAGGAGGAACCAUGAGAAGACCAAGCAACGAUACAAUCUGCGGACAAGGCAGGUAGACUUCAAGAAAGGAGACAUCGUUUGGAGACGCACGUUUACCCAAUCUUCCAAGGCAGAUCACGUCAACAAGAAACUGGAUCCGAAGUUCGUGCCAGCAAUGGUGAAACAGAUCCUGGGGAAGAACAUCUAUAUGCUGGAGGACGUUGCUGAUGGCAAGGCAGGCCGUUAUCACGCAAAGGACAUCAAGGCAGAUUAA